UGAAGCGCUGAGAGGUAGAGAGACGCGUCGACGCGGGGGUUUUUUUCUUACCGCAGUGUCGGCACUUUUUUCUCUUUUUUUUUUUUCCCCUGCACUGCACCGCUCUGCGGAUCGCCCCGGGCUGCUGUCUGCGCAUGCGCAUUGUGAUCAGAUAGCUCCGAGCCGGCCGCGGAACUUCCCUCCUCAUUCAUCCUUGAUUUAUUUAUUUAUUUAUUUAUUUAUUUAUUUAUUUAUUUAUUUAUAAAAGGUGACAAUCUCCCAAAACCUCUGCUGUGCCUAAAGAGUCAUCCUCAUCUGCCUGAGGUUAAUAGCUAGGAAUCUAAUAGCGCAGAUCGGCUUAACCCUUUCUCUGCCUGGAUAGAGCUCUCCUCUGCCGGUGCUUUCAGUGUGUGUGGAGGGUGUGUGUGUGUGUGUGUGUGUGUGUGUGUGUGUGUGCGUGCGUGCGUGCGUGCGUGAGCGUUAAACCUCAGGCGUUAGUUCAGUGACUGCAUCAUUCUUGCAUCAAAUAGCAAAGAAAAUGGCAAAGGACGGCAACAAGAGCUCGUGGAAAGAGUUCAUCUGGAACCCGAGGACGCGCGAGUUCUGCGGAAGGACCGCGAGCAGCUGGGGCCUGAUCUUUUUGUUCUACCUGGCCUUCUACAUCUUCCUGGCCGGAUUAUUCUGUGUCACCAUCUAUGUCAUGCUUCUGACCCUUGAUGAUAACAUACCCACUUGCCAGGACAGGCUUGCUACACCAGGUAUGAUGAUCAGGCCUACGGGUAAAGAUCUGGAGAUCAUCUACACCAAGGAGGACACCGAGAGCUGGGAUUCUCACGUGCAGGCACUGAAUAGCUUCCUCUCCGCCUACAACGACUCAGUGCAGGAGCAAAAUAAUUUGGAUUGUACGCCAGACCAGUACUUCAUCCAAGAGGACAGCGACAGCGUGAAGAACAACCCUAAGCGCUCGUGCCGGUUCAAGCGCUCUGUGCUGGAGGAGUGCUCAGGCCUCGUCGACCGCUACUAUGGCUACUUCGAUGGCAAGCCGUGCGUCAUCAUCAAGCUCAACCGGGUGAUCGGUAUGCUGCCAGGAAAGGAUGGCCCAGUACCGUCUGUUAGUUGCGGUCCCAAGAAAUACAAAAUCAACGUAGACGAAUGGGGUGAUGAUUCGGACAAGAUGGGGGAGGUAGCGUACUUUCCUCCCAAUGGCACCUUCAACCUCAUGUACUUCCCGUAUUACGGCAAGAAGGCACAGGUGAACUACUCGCAGCCUCUGGUGGCCGUCAAGUUCCUGAACAUCACGAUGAACACCGAAGUGAACGUGGAGUGCAAGAUCAUAGCCAGGAACAUCCUCGCUAACAACGACCGCGACAAGUUCGCCGGCCGCGUCUCCUUCAAGCUGAGGAUCAACUCGAGAAAAUAAUUUCUGAAGGAAGUCUGUGCCGUCCUUAUACGCUCUCGUGUAUACACAUAUACAUCUGCUUUACACACACACACACGCACACCGUGCGGUCUAUCGUAUCGUAUACAGGAUGCUCUGAGAAAAACACACCAGGCACAACAUUCUCGAACGCAGAGCAGAGUUUGAGUAUGUGUGUGUAUAUGUGUGUGUGUGUGUGUGUGUGUGUGUGUGUGUGUGUGUGUGUGUACACUGAGUGUUUCCAAGUAUUAUCAAUUUUAUCCGAACGUGAGAAAUCUAUUUAUACUGCAUGACUAUAAUGUAAAAGGAACAUUUACGAUCGAAGGCAGUGAGGAUUUGACGUAGAGGGCAAGGUUGUGAUCGGUCAGAUCACGUGACUCAAAACGGGGCAAAACGGCGACAUCACAAUCGUACAACACGAAUCGAGAGCAAAGGUGGGGGGAGUGUUAAAUAAAUAUGCGUGUAGUUUCCUUGUUAACACCUUUCGUUCUGCAUGCGAGUGUGUAUGUUUGUGAAUUCUCUCCUACAAUUACACACUAAUGAUUACGUAUAUUUUCUAAGCUACGACUUGUACCAGAGUAUACGAUGUAUCGUUCCACCCUGAAGUUCCUCAAAUAUCAAUAAACACGAUGCGUCGUAAUAUAAGUAACUGGACAUAUAUAUAUAUAUAUAUAUAUAUAUAUAUAUAUAUAUAUAUAUAUAUAUAUAUAUGGCUUUCGUAUAUAGAGAACAUUUCACCAGCUACAUUUACUCUAGCUACAUUUUCCACUGGAUUUGACUUCAUUUACACCGCCGGUGGAAAAUACUCAUCUCUGAUUGGCCAGCAGGAGCAAGACGCUGCCCACUAAAGAGCCUCGACGUCGGAAUAUAUCGUCCGCAAGCGUCCUCGUAUCUCUUAACGUUUGUGUUCACGCGUUAGGAAUAUAACCAGACGACAGCAUUAGGUUAAAAUUUUUUUUUCAAAAAGACAACGUUACGUCACUAUUGUGUCUGAAAUAAUCCAGAAAACACGGCACGGUUUCUGAAUUUCGCUCUCGUUUGACCAUCACUGCUGACGUAACGCACACGUUCUCCAUCAAGCCCACCUCAUUUACACGAGGUGUAUCUUUUUAUGCUUAUUUAUAUAUACAUAAAUGUAUAAAUAAGUCAUAUAUUAUAGUUUUGCAUGUAUAAUAAUGUAUUUCAUGUAGAUUUAAAAAAAGAAAGAAAGAAAGAUGCUGUUGUUUGUAUUGAUUUGCACUUGGUCUAGAUUGCUUGAUGAGAGUGUGUGCACACACAUAUGGUUAUAUAUGCCACUAAGGGUGUGUGUGUGUGUGUGUGUAUUUCUUUCCUUUAUCCUCAUUUUUGUUCUGCGUCAUAUAUUUUUGGGAGUGUUCACUCUUGAUUAAUAGUCGAGUAAUAGGGAUCGUAGAAAAGUAAAAAGUGGUGUGUCUGAGGCGUUCUUUUCUUUUCU